CCAAUAGUUAGUGACGGUUUCAGGUGAACUAGCUUAGAAGAGGGGCUGAGGCCGUCAGGACGUUGAACACGUACCGUACGUUGCGCUGAGGUGUAUGCUAAACACGCUCGAAUGUUCUGCAGUGCUGUGCUGCUUGUCAGGCUGCUUGUGCUGUGCAGGGGAUGGGAAAGGGCAAGACGCGCUUCGCAUGGACCCGAAGCUGGACCCGAAGCUGGACCCGAAGGAUGAACGUCUGGGACAUUGCCAGUGUCGUCGCACCUUUGCGCACGAUAACGUUUCCACUCUUCCAGAGAACACAGGCAUCUUAAGACUUUCGCACACAAUAUGUCUCGAAGAUGAGAACAACCUGUUGACUUAUUAUCUGAUGCUGAAUGGUCUCAGUGCGACGGAAACCGUUCCGUUGUCACAACCGAAAGUAACGGUAAUGUCAAGCACAGCUGUUCAGGCAUAAAAUAUUCACACCGACAGAAGGAUAAAAGAGAAGCAAGGAACAGUCAAAUGGACACAGCC